AUGCACAGCUCAUCAAUUCCAUUGCCCGGACUAUCGGCCUACAUGAUUUCUAUCAAUGGCGUUACUUACUGCUCUAAGCCAAAAAAUCUCUAUUGGUUCAACCCAGUCGAGAUUCUCAUGAGCGAGCUUUUGGCGGGAGCGACGAUUGCUCUUCCUGCAGAGGUCAUCCAGAUUCUUGACAUUCUACGCAUCACGUCGAAUAUCAUGUAUGGCUUUUUCAUCACGGGUACCGUCCUCAGCUUCGUCAUGAUCUUCAUCACGCCCGUGGCUAUUCUGUCACGCUGGUGGAGUCUGCCCAUGGCCCUGACCGCGGCUCUCAACGGCUUCAUCAUCCUGGCCGCAACUGUCAUAGCAACUGUCAUUAGUAUUGUCUUCAAGUAUGCUGCGACCGCUCAGUCGGAUCUCAACAUCCAUGCCGAUGUGGGAGUCAAGAUGUUCGUCUUCAUGUGGAUGGCCACGGGAUUUGCAGGAUUGUCAUUUGUCAUUCACUCCGCCUUGGGAUGCUGCUCCAGCGAAGACGGCCCCGCAGGAAUCACCAUCAUCAAGUUAGAAGCCAAGUGUGUCACUUGGAAGUAUACACAGCACUUCCCCAGCAUCCGCGUCUGA